AUCGAUUCUCCUCCUUGCCGAGCUCACUCAGCGGGCACCGCUUCUGGCAAUGCUCGCCCUCCUCCCGUUUCUCGCCGCUCAUGUAUUCGCCUUUGACCUUGAAUCGGCGGGCGACAUGACGCUGUUGCCCUCUGGCGACUUUAUCGACUUGAUCUCAAGGGACUCGGAGAAUGUGCCAGGACCGAUAGCGUUCGGCAGCAAGUACAUCACCGGAGGUGCCGGUGAAGGAGAACAAAAGCUUCGCGAAGAGGAGAACUUCCAACAAAGACAGGAGGUGAAAACCGACAACGUUCUGCCAGCAUACUGCGAGCCACCAAAUCCAUGCCCAGCUGGUUAUACUGCCGCUGAUGGAUGCCUCGAGGAAUUCGAGAAUAGUGCGGAAUUUUCGCGAAACUACCAAGCUCAACAACACUGCAUCUGUGACCAAGAACACAUGUUCAACUGCGCUGAGAAGGAAGCGUCGGAUAUCGGUGCUUCACUACAAGAAUUGCUGGAUGAUCACGCACUGCAUCGUAACAUGAUCGCCAAGAAGUUCCAUGAGAAAAGAAGCGCAGAUGAGCAUCCGCCGCGUCGCAAGCGCUCAAUCCGGCAGCCAUUUCACCAACACAAAACGAAUCCAUUUCUGCAGGGCGAGGUGCUGAAGACCGUGCAGAAGAAGGAUGGCAGAAAUGCAUGGUAGACGUGUCCUCAUAUUUCCUUAUCACACAUUCUCUACCCUACACACUCGAUAAGUAUCUACAUUGAUCUCCGCGACAAAGUUAGAUCUCCACUGAAUGGGUCAAUUAUUUAGCGUGUC